UGGCCCGCCAUCCCUGCUGGGUGCCAGGCGGAGGCAGCCUCUCCCCGCCGUCCCAUCGCUGCCUCCCGGCGCCUCCUCCUUUUCUCCCGAGCAGCCAAUGGAAGAGGCGUCCUAGCCAGCAACUCUCCUGCUUUCUCUGCUCUCUUUUUCCCCUCCUUUGGCUUACAUCACUCGCCGGGUUUAGGCGUCGGAGAAGGAGAGGAGGAGGAGGAGGAGAACCGAGGCUGGGACGAUGCGUUAAGGGCGCACGGUCACUGCGGCCGCCCCUCCGUUGCGCGCGGCCUGGCCGGGAAGAUGAACUACCUGAACGUGCUGGCCAAGGCGCUCUACGACAAUGUGGCGGAGUCUCCGGACGAGCUCUCCUUCCGCAAGGGCGACAUCAUGACGGUGCUGGAGCGCAACACGCAGGGCCUGGACGGGUGGUGGCUCUGCUCACUCCAUGGCCGACAAGGCAUCGUGCCGGGGAACCGGCUCAAGAUCCUGGUGGGCAUGUACGACAAGAAGCAGCUUCCGGGGAGCGCCCACCAGCCGGCGGUGGUGCCACCGCAGCCAGCGAACCCCGCCGCAUUCCCGCACCAAGGGGGCUUCACCGCGCUCUCGCCCGCCUCGCAAUACACCCCCAUGCACCCUUCCUUCGCCCCGCAAGAGGACAACGUGUACCUCGUGCCGGCGCUCACCAAAGCCCAGGCAGCCACCCUCGCCAGCCCCUUCCAGUCCCCUCCGGGCAAGCAAGCCUCCCCUUACCCAAAACAAAGCCCCCCGCAAGGCCAGGAGGUCUACCAAGUGCCCGCCGCGCCGCAGGAUGUUUACCAAGUGCCACCAACGCCCGCCGGGAUCGGGCAGGAGAUCUACCAGGUGCCGCCAUCCCUGGACGGACGGAGCUGGGAGACGCCGAAAGCGCCGGGGAAGGUGGUGGUCCCCACGCGGGUGGGACAAGUCUAUGUCUACGAUUCUCCCAAAUCGGAAGCAGACGAGUACGACGUUCCACGCCACCUCCGAGAGAUCUACGACGUCCCUCCGACGCGGGGUCUCUUGGUCAACCAGUCCAGCCAGGAGGUGUAUGACACGCCCUCCAUGAUGGCCAAGGGACCCAACAGCAGGAAUCUGGGUCACUCCCAGGAGAUUUACGACGUGCCCCCCAGCGUAGAGAAAAGCCUACAGGUGUAUGACAUUCCCCCCUCGGUGACUAAGGACGUCCCGGAUGCUCCAACGCGGGACGAAACGUACGACGUACCUCCCGUCUUCUGCAAAGCCAAGCCCUUCGACCCCUCGCGGCACCCGCUCAUCCUCGCCCAGCCGGGGUUGCCGCCGCCUCCACCGGCAGAGCCUUACUUGCCCGAAGACGUCUACGACGUGCCGCCAGCCACAGCAGUUGUAGCCGUUUCCGAGUCGCAGGAGAUCUACGACGUCCCUCCGGGGUUGCGGAAGGCACCUUCUUGCCAGGAAGUCUACGACGUGCCGCGGGAGCUGCCGGUGGGAAGCAGGGACGGCGACGGCGACUAUAUCUACGACGUGCCGCCUCAGGUGGACCGGGAGGGCAAGGCAGGUGAGGGGAAGCGCCUCUCGGCCUCCAGCACGGGCAGCAACCGCAGCAACCUCUCCAGCUCCUCUUUGGACACUGUGCCGGUCAAGGAGGCCACAGAAAAGGAGCUCCACUUGGAUCAGGAGGCGGCUAUGGAGACGCUGGCCCGGCUCCAGAGCGCCGUCGCCGCCUCCGUCUCCUACCUCAUGUCCUUCGUCAGCGGCAACUGGCGUGGCCUCGAGCAGAUGGAAGCCCAGGCGGCCCAGAUCCGGGGAGCAGCCGAGAGCGUCCGCGGAGCCCUCCGGGAACUGCUGGAGUUUGCCCGGUUGGCGGUCAGCAACGCCGCCCAGGCCUCCGACCGCUCACUCUACACCAAGCUCAGCAAGCAGGUCCAGAAGAUGGAGGAGGUCUACCAGGCAUUGCUGAGACACAGCCAAGCUCUCGACGGCUGCAACUGGGCUCCAUCCGCAUUGGUGGCACCCGCAAAGCCCGGGACUCUGGAUGAUCUGGAGCAUUUGGUGAUGUUCUCGCGGGGCGUGCCGGACGACACCAAGCAGCUGGCCUCCUUCCUCCACGGCAAUGCUUCCCUGCUCUUUCGACGGACCAAGACACCUCCGGCCUCCCUGGGUGAUGCAGGAUUAGGACAGCAUUCGGUCGACAAGGCCAGCACCAUCCAGUCCCGGCCGCUGCCGUCACCACCUAAGUUCCUGGCCCAGGACUCGCCUGACGGACCAUACGAAAACAACGAGAGCAGCUGGAUGGAGGACUAUGACUACGUGCAUCUUCAGGGAAAGGAAGAGUUUGAGAAGACUCAGAAAGAGCUCCUGGAGAGAGGAAACAUCAUCCGGCAAGGCAAAGGGCAGCUGGAGCAGCAGCAGUUGAAGCAGUUUGAGCGGCUGGAGCAGGAGGUGACACGGCCGAUAGACAACGACCUCUCCAGCUGGACCCCUCCGCAGCAUUAUGCUCACGUUCGGAGCGCAGGCGGUGGUAGCGUUGGCGGUGCUGCAUUGUGUCCUUCGGACCGCCCGCUGUUGCUCUUCUACCUGGAGCAGUGCGAGGCCAACCUGACCACGCUGACCAACGCGGUGGACGCCUUCUUCACCGCCGUGGGCGCCAACCAGCCGCCCAAGAUCUUCGUGGCGCACAGCAAGUUCGUCAUCCUGAGCGCCCACAAGCUGGUCUUCAUUGGGGACACGCUGGCCCGCCAGGCCAAGACCCCGGAGGUUCGCCACAAGGUCACCCACUACAGCAACCUCCUCUGCGACAUGCUCAAGGAGAUCGUGGCCACCACCAAAGUGGCCGCUCUCCAGUACCCUUCGCCGGCCGCUGCCAAGGACAUGGUGGAGCGGGUCCACGAUUUGGCCAACAGCACGCAGCAGUUCCGGAUGAUGCUGGGGCAGCUGGUGGCUAUGUGAAGCCCUCCGGGAGUGCGCAUCCAUUGUAAAUGGACUGUAAAUACAUUGGCCGGACUUCUCUUGCCCGUGGACCACUUCCUCGCUCUUCUAACAAUGGUCUACAUCAGGCAUGGGCCAACUUUGGCCCUCUGGGUGUUUUGGACUCCAACUCCCACAAUUCCUAACAGCCGGUAGGCUGUUAGGAAUUGUGGGAGUUGGAGUCCAAAACACCCAGAGGGCCAAAGUUGGCCCAUACCUAGUCUACACUGUGACCACCAAGAAGGGACAUUAUAUCAUCUUGAGAUGAUCGCAAGAAAGACAAAUAAUUAUUUUUUUCCUCCCCGUUUGAUUCUGAAAUCGUUUGGCUUAAUGGGCACUAUUUAAAUCAAAUAAAAAGAGAGAGAAUCCAAGGAAUUAAGGGGUAAAA